AUGAUGACGGCUGGGAUAGAACGCCGCCCGCUUAUCGAAAAAGAGGGUUCUACCAGGUUGGUUACUUAUAGAUACAUCUCAAUGUUCAUAUGCUAAUUCAGUCAAAUACGGUUUCUGUCAGUCUGUAGGGUUAAGCGAGUGUUGAGCUAUCGUUUACAUUAGAGUGAGUAAAUGUAAAUACUUUUUUUGUGAUUACCGUAAUAUUAAAAAAAACUAUUUUCUAACCACGUAUUCUAACUAAAAUACGAGUUAUAAAUUUUAAUUUUUAGCACUAUGGGUGGUCUAAAAUGCGUUGAAGAUGCUGCAGUUGUUGUAUAUACCAUGUUUGCCGGACUCUUUAACAUCUUGAGGUCAGUACAAGUGAUAUAUUCUAAAACCGUAAAGUUUAGUACACAUGUUAAAAUACGAUUAUGUUGCAUAUGACACAUGUCUUGUUCAGAAAAUACAAAAUCUUAAAAAUAUUUUUAAAAUUUCAGAAAAAAGCCAGUAGUAAUAGCACUUUGCUUUAUUGGUGCAGUUAGUAUUGUUUUCCUACUAAACCAAGAAGACGAUAGAGAUUACUACAUUGUACUAUCAUCAGACUUAAACUUGUACUACUUAGUGCAUGUACCUUUUGCGAUUCAAGCAUGGAAGAACCUUGGAGUCAAAACUGUAUUAAUGUUGACAUUAGAGCCAAAUGAAACCACCAAUCUGGCCGUUGAUAAAGUCUUGGAUUUUUCUAGAACAUUAGGUGUACGUUGUUAGAGUUAUACAGUACUUUCUUUAUAUAAGCAGUUAUUGGGGUUGAUCAAUUAUGACUUAUGGUCAUUUUUUAAAGUUCCAACGACACUUUAAAAAAUUUUUUAAAAAGUGAAUUAUAGGCUCACAUUGUGACGAUUCGCAACCAAUCGAUAGCUGCUGGUCAGCUAGCUCAAACUUCACGAUCUUUUGCCGCAGGCACUGAAUUUGCUCAUACCUUAGACCCGGAAAAGACAAUUUUUCUCACAACAGAUGUAGACUUCUUCCCAAGUACCGUACACCAUCACAUACCCAGCCCAAGUAAAGAAAUCUUUUUCUAUGACCAGGGUUGUUGUGGUAACAUUGAAUGGAAAGGUACCACUUACGAAAUGUACAUCAUGAUAACUAUUGCUAUGCCUUUGAAGCGUUGGAGGGAAAUUAUUGGUUCGUUUUGAUAUUGUUUAUAAUUGAAACAAAAGUCAAAAAUACGUUAUUUGCAUUCUAGGUCUUGUGUUUUUUCAAUGUGUAUAUACUUUUAUUUAUUUUCCAGCAUUUUAAACCUGGUACUUUAUAGAAUUGCCAGCAAACGAGCCAGUUAACAGUAGUUACAUCGAAGAUGCAAUUUCAAAGACCUUUGACUAUGAGAUCGACUCAAAAGAUCAAUGGUGGAGGUGGUUCUUGGACCAGAGGUACUUCGGAUACAAAAUGUAUUCCUGGAAGACCAACAAUUCUGAAGAGUUUGAUCGAAUUUCCGAAGGCAUGCCAAAGGGAAGGAGACUUGACCGCAAAAAAUGGCCUAACGCCCAAGCCUUCCGCAGAAUGGACAACAUCUGGGACCAUUACGAAGCCGCUCAUUUGACUCCAGGCAUUAUUAUGGAUACAAUCUGGGAAAAAAACCUUUUAUUCUAUGAAAAGAUCUUUCCAACUGAACAGUUACAGAGACUGACAAACUACCGUAACGAUGUUGUAAAGCAUGCCAAUGUUACAGAGACUUUAAGACGACAUUACCAUCCAGAACAGAACGACAAGUACUGGAAAGACACUUUCAAACAAGAUGGCAUGCUGGAUAAGAAACUUAGGAAACGAUUGAGCCGAUAA